GCAGCGCGUGUCGCAGAAGUUGAAGCAAUCGGUUCCCGACGCGGAUAUUAUCAUAUUGAAGGACACAGUGAUGGGCGCCCUCCGGAUGAUUAGCGACAAGAACAGCAAUUCCAGUGAUAACGGAGUCGACAAAAACGGCGUUUCAUUCAAUCACAUGACAAACGAACAGUUGUCUCAACUAAUAGUCCCGGAGUCGACAUCGCUAUCGAUGACAGAACUGCGGAACGAGAGGUCCACUAAAUUGGACUCAAUGUCUGUGACGGAUGCCAUCGAACUCAUGAUCGGCGAAGAGUCGCGAAAUUUCGCCGAAAUUAGGAAACAAAUCAAAACCAUCGAGACGUUGAUUCAUAGGAUAACUCACGCCUUCAAAAACAACGGCCGACUCUUUUACGUCGGCAGCGGAACCAGCGGUCGGUUGGGAAUACUAGACGCCAGCGAAUGCCCGCCCACUUUCUCCAGCCCCUCCUAUUUGGUUCAGGGAAUCAUCGCCGGCGGUAACAAAGCCAUCCAUUCAGCCAUCGAAGGCGCCGAAGACUCCAUUAUUGACGGCAUUAACGCCAUUGAAGACAAGGAUAUCACCGAAAACGAUGUCGUGAUCGGUAUCGCCGCCUGUGGGCGCACACCCUAUGUGUGGGGCGCGCUCUACGCGGCCCAGAAUCGGAAAGCCUAUACCUGUCUGUUAUGCUUCAACCCGAACAUCAAACCUCGCAUUAAACUCGACUUACAGCUAACGGUGACCACUGGGCCCGAGGUGUUGACGGGUAGUACGAGACUGAAGGCCGGAACGGCCACCAAAUGCAUACUCAAUAUGUUGACCACACUAUCGAUGGUUCAGUUCGGAAAGUGUUUCGAGAAUCUAAUGAUAGAUCUCAGGCCCGCCAACCAAAAGCUCCGGGACCGGGCCGUUAGGAUUGUGCUGCUCCUGUUAGGCCACGACAAACAGGUGCCCGAAGUGACGGUCAAACAGAGUUUAGAGAAAUUUAAUUAUGACAUCAAAAAGACUGUCAUCGACUUAAGGAAAACCCUGUCCCCUAAAGCCUAAUAUGCACUAUACUUAUGACAUUUAAUUUGUAAACAAAAUAUGUUAAAAUUAAUUUAUAACUAAUUUAUAUGAAAUCAUGUUAUAUGGGUG